GGAAUUCGAAGUUCGGCCUCCACGCCUUAAAUAUUUCUGUGAAUAUUAUUAUUUACUCUACAUAGCAUAUAAGAUAUUAUUAACGUUUAGAUAAGGCUAACUUAAAUACAAGAAUUUUAUAAAAGAACGUAUUGAAAUUGCACCCUACACAAUCCAGAUUAAAUAUGUAUUCAAGCAAGGGUUCCGUACGAAAACUGUCCGGUGCUGUUUCUGGUAGAAAAUGUUUGGAAUCAGUUGGCAAACGCCAGUAACGAGUUGUUAGGAUAUCGGACUGCUACAGGGUGCUGGACCGAUGCAGACAGUCCUGGUUUUCUGGAAGUCGUCAGUGGUCCGAGGCCAUUAAACGCGUUGUAUGUGUCUUGCAAUUUGAUCCCGUAGCGCUCAGUGCGCCGAUCGGAGAGUAAUUUACGCGAAUUCCUGGGCAUCCGGGUCUCUGCAGGUGGGCCUACGGAGUUUCUUCUCACGUCUUUUGCUUUUGAUGUCACAGUAUUUACUUUAUCAUUUCAUACUCACGUAACAUUCAGGAUCCGUCAGAUCAAACAUUUCAAAGAGACAGUCUUCACUAAUAUUGUCACUUUGAUUUUAGUUACAACUUAAAUGUACCUAAGCUUUUAAACGGUGAUGCAGGGCAUAAUGCCGGUUAAAACAAAAUCUCGUGUUCCUGAAAAUAUGGGUAUCACGGGUGGUUUAGUGGAUGCCAGGGAUAAACAAGUAUUGAAAGAAGCAGUAGAAGCUGUUGUUAAUAGUUUUGCAAAACAUACUCAAGGCUAUGGAAGAGUGAAUGUAGUAGAGGCUCUACAAGAAUUCUGGCAAAUGAAACAAAGCAGAGGAACGGAAUUAAGGAAUGGAGCUUUAGUUAUUUAUGAAUCUGUACCUGGUACCAGUCCACCUUAUGUUUGUUACGUGACCCUUCCUGGAGGAUCCUGUUUUGGUAGCUUUCAAAAUUGCCCUACUAAGGCAGAGGCCCGUAGAUCAGCAGCAAAAAUUGCUCUAAUGAAUUCUGUUUUCAAUGAGCACCCAGCACGAAAAAUAACAGAUGAUUUUAUAGAGAAAGCAGUUGCAGAAGCAAGAGCUAGCUUUGCUAAGCCUUCUGCAACAUCGAAUGGUGUUAGCAGUCAAACACAAGGAAGUGGAGAUGAGAAAGAGGAUCCAAAUACAGGUAUAGGCGCGUUUCGUUUUAUGUUAGAAUGCAAUCGCGGAAGAACCAUGUUAGAAUUUCAGGAGUUAAUGACAGUCUUUCAAUUACUUCAUUGGAAUGGAUCUUUAAAAGCUAUGAGAGAAAGACAGUGCAGUAGACAAGAAGUAGUUGCUCAUUAUAGUCACCGAGCUCUGGACGAUGAUAUGCGUAGUCAAAUGGCAUUAGAUUGGGUAGCAAGAGAGCACGAAAGCGGUGGCGGUGUUGUUGCCAUGGAAUUGGCAUUAGCCGAAAGAGAACUCGAAGCGGCACGUUUAGCCGGAAGAGAGCUUAGAUUUCCUAAAGAGAAAAAAGAUAUAUUAAUGCUUGCACAUGCUCAAGUAUGUCCUCAGUGAUUUCAAUAAAAAAAUCAUGCAAUUAAAGGAA